CCAACUUAAGACUCCAGCGCCCUCACGAACUCCAAGUGUAGAUUUGCAAAUUUUCAACAUUUCAUGCGAAUCAGUCAUCUCUCAAUAUAAUUCCUCCAUUGUGUACGCAACAUUCCAGGACUGCUUCUUCCACUGUAACCUCACCCGGAGCCUGAACAUCAACUACAAUUAUAGAGACUUACAGAAGUGAAUCUAAGAGACCCAACAGCCAUGGCUUCAACAAGCACCAAUCCAUUGCUCUCUUCCUCUAACUUGUUUGGUUCUCGAAUCCUUAUCUCUCCUCCGACUCCCAAAACUACCAAAUCCCCAUUAUCUUUCCCAUUCUUCUAUAGAAAUAAAAGGUCCCAGUCCCAGAUUACAGUGUCAGUACUGAACAAAAAAGAAUCAAUUUCAUCAUCAAGAGCGAAAAAAUUAUCAACUGAAGCCACUUUAGCUGCUUUGAUGGUGUCUUCUUUAACCCCUCAAGCUCUAGCUGUUGAUAACACACCACCGCCGGUAAUCGAAGCCCAACCCACAAGGCCUAGCCCUUCAAAUUCAUCACCUUUCGCUCAAAAUCUUCUCUUGACAGCUCCUAAACCCCAAUCUCAAUCCUCUGACCUACCUGAAGGCAGUCAAUGGCGAUACAGCGAGUUCUUAAACGCUGUCAAGAAGGGUAAGGUUGAAAGAGUCAGGUUCAGCAAAGACGGUUCUGCCCUUCAGUUGACAGCCGUGGAUGGCCGUCGUGCCACUGUUGUUGUCCCCAAUGACCCGGAUUUAAUCGACAUUUUGGCCAUGAAUGGAGUCGAUAUUUCGGUCUCUGAAGGGGAUUCCGGUAAUGGGCUUUUUAACUUUAUCGGGAAUUUGUUGUUCCCGUUUCUAGCUUUCGCUGGUUUGUUCUUCCUUUUCCGUCGGGCUCAGGGUGGGCCUGGUGGGCCGGGCGGACUUGGCGGUCCCAUGGAUUUUGGAAGAUCAAAAUCAAAAUUCCAGGAAGUUCCUGAAACUGGUGUUACAUUUGCUGAUGUGGCUGGUGCUGACCAAGCAAAGUUGGAGUUACAGGAAGUUGUAGAUUUUUUGAAAAAUCCUGAUAAAUAUACAGCUUUAGGGGCCAAAAUUCCUAAAGGAUGUUUAUUAGUAGGGCCACCUGGAACCGGUAAAACGUUGUUGGCAAGAGCCGUGGCUGGAGAAGCCGGGGUUCCCUUUUUCUCAUGCGCAGCUUCAGAGUUUGUUGAGUUGUUUGUUGGUGUUGGUGCAUCAAGAGUGAGGGAUUUGUUUGAGAAAGCAAAAUCAAAGGCUCCUUGCAUUGUGUUCAUUGAUGAAAUUGAUGCUGUUGGGAGACAGAGAGGGGCAGGGCUUGGAGGAGGAAAUGAUGAGAGAGAGCAAACGAUUAAUCAGCUUCUGACUGAAAUGGAUGGUUUUUCUGGUAAUUCUGGUGUUAUUGUAUUGGCUGCAACUAAUAGACCGGAUGUCCUUGAUUCAGCUUUGUUGAGGCCAGGGAGGUUUGAUAGGCAAGUUACUGUUGACAGGCCUGAUGUUGCAGGCAGAGUUAAGAUUCUUCAGGUGCACUCAAGAGGAAAGGCACUUGCGAAGGAUGUGGACUUUGAAAAAAUUGCUAGAAGAACUCCAGGUUUUACGGGAGCUGACUUGCAGAAUCUGAUGAAUGAAGCAGCCAUUCUUGCAGCCAGGCGUGACCUCAAGGAAAUAAGUAAAGAUGAAAUUUCUGAUGCUCUUGAAAGGAUAAUUGCUGGACCUGAGAAGAAAAAUGCAGUUGUCUCAGAUGAGAAAAAGAAAUUAGUUGCCUAUCAUGAGGCUGGCCAUGCUUUAGUUGGUGCACUCAUGCCUGAAUAUGAUCCUGUAGCCAAGAUAUCCAUCAUUCCCCGUGGCCAAGCUGGUGGGCUUACCUUUUUCGCUCCAAGUGAAGAGAGGCUUGAGUCUGGACUGUACAGCAGGAGCUAUCUGGAGAAUCAGAUGGCUGUGGCACUUGGUGGAAGGGUUGCAGAAGAGGUAAUUUUUGGUACAGAAAAUGUGACAACGGGAGCAUCAAAUGACUUCAUGCAAGUUUCACGGGUAGCAAGGCAGAUGGUUGAGAGAUUUGGGUUCAGCAAAAAAAUUGGACAAGUUGCCAUCGGCGGACCUGGUGGAAAUCCCUUCUUGGGUCAACAAAUGUCUUCUCAGAAAGACUACUCAAUGGCAACAGCGGACGUGGUAGAUGCAGAGGUAAGGGAACUGGUAGAGAAGGCAUAUUCGAGGGCAAAACAGAUCAUCACAACUCACAUUGACAUACUUCACAAGCUUGCUCAACUCCUCAUAGAGAAAGAAACAGUUGAUGGGGAAGAAUUCAUGAGCCUCUUCAUUGAUGGGAAAGCUGAGCUGUUUGUUGCCUGAUUGCUUGUGUAGCCAUCAAAACCAUGUUUGUAUCAUAAGUUUUCAUACACAACUUGUAAAACUAACUAAUUUUUCCAGUCUAGAAAUAUGACACAGUAUUAGAAGGA